AUGACCACGCGGAGUGCACGAACGACGCAAACGCCGGCCCCGAAUGAUUUCGUCGAUCUAACCGCCGAGGACAGCGACGAUGUCUCUACAGCCUCAGAAGGUUCGCCAUCUCCCGAACUUCUGAGACCACCGUCAACACGACCGUCGAGGCCAGAGCGGGUGGCGAUGUGGCAGCAGACAGCAGAGCAACAAUCACGAAGGCAAGCCACAGACCAGUUAAAUGAAGGAAUGCAGGCUGCAGGCAGAGCACACCGACAAGCACAGACCCGAACAGCCCAAUCUCAGCAACAGACUGCACAGCAACAGCCAGACCAACUACCCCGUGCCCCGCCCUUUGGCCACAGGGGACCAGAGCGAACCGUGAUAGUUCUUUCGGACGGCGAGGACUCCGACUUUGACUCCGGCUCUGACGACCUUGGUCCAGAGGAGUUCUUCCGAGGCGAAACCGAUGGAUAUGAUUCGGAGACCGUUGAAUCAGCUGCUUCACCUCCUUCGAUGGCCAGUCCGGAAGUCCAAUUUCUCGAGGAGAGACGUAUCCCGCAGCCCCGAAGACCGCAGCCGCCAGCUGCUGGCCACGCCACGUUCGCUCUUCCACUGGACAUACUGAGAAGGGGGACCUCACUCAUGCUUGGGAACAUGCAAAAUGCCGUGCGGGACUACAACGAAGGCUUUUUAGAUCGGUUGGAUGGCGUGCCGCGAAGGAAUCAACCGCACGAAGGGGGCACCCUCAAUAUCACCAUGGACUAUGCUCGGCCUGGAUUUGCCAUGUUUGACCCCUUCGAUCGCGGUUCCGAGACUCCCCAGGUCGUCCAGGAGCCUUACAAGGCACCUCCAGUGGCGAAAGAGGGAUUCACGAGGACGUACAAAGAGGAGGAUGUCAUCCUAUGUCCGAUGUGCGGCGACGAGCUAGCGAUUGGGAAGGGAGAUGUCAAGCAGCAAGUAUGGGUGGUGAAAGGUUGCGGACACGUCUAUUGCGGCGAAUGUGCCACCAAUCGUUCGAAAUCCAGAACCACAAAGAAGGGCAAAGGCAAGGAGAACGAGAAGAAACUAGAGUCAACGAGAUCACCGCCAUUCUCGGUCUGCCAGGCCGACAAAUGCACCACGAAGGUUGUCAGCAAGACAGCCAUGUUCCCCAUAUACUUAUGA